UCAUGACAACGGAGACAGGCCCGGGCUCUGAGGUGAGGAACGCGCAGGAGGACGCUCCGCAGCAGCAGCUGGAGGCGGCCGCCCAGGGCCCCACGGCCGCGCCCAGCCCCGCCGGCCGCGACACCGACGCCAAUGAGAAGCUCGGGGCACAGCCGGACACCCGAAACAUGGAGCCGGGCACAGACAUGGAGGACAAGGACUACAGCGAGACCGACGGGCUCUCUGACAAAACAACUCCCAGCAAGACCCAGAAGUCACCCCAGAAAACCACCAAGAAAGUGAAGAGUGCCCUGUGCAGGGUGACCCUGCUCGAUGCAUCCGAAUAUGAGUGCGAGGUGGAGAAACACGCCCGAGGCCAGGUGCUCUUUGACAUGGUGUGCGAGCACCUCAACCUCCUGGAGAAGGACUACUUUGGCCUCACCUUCUGCGAUUCAGACAGCCAGAAGAACUGGCUGGACCCCUCCAAGGAGAUCAAGAAGCAGAUCCGCAGCGGGCCCUGGAACUUUGCCUUCACUGUGAAGUUCUACCCUCCAGACCCUGCCCAGCUCACAGAGGACAUCACCAGAUACUACCUGUGCCUGCAGCUCCGUGCCGACAUCAUCACGGGCCGCCUGCCCUGCUCCUUUGUCACCCACGCCCUGCUGGGCUCCUACGCCGUGCAGGCCGAGCUGGGGGACCACGACACCGAGGAGCACGUGGGCAACUACGUCAGUGAGCUGCGCUUUGCCCCCAACCAGACGCGGGAGCUGGAGGAGCGCAUCAUGGAGCUGCACAAGACCUACCGGGGAAUGACCCCCGGGGAAGCAGAGAUCCAUUUCCUGGAGAAUGCCAAGAAGCUCUCCAUGUAUGGGGUGGACCUGCACCACGCUAAGGACUCAGAGGGCAUCGACAUCAUGCUGGGCGUCUGUGCCAACGGCCUCCUCAUCUACAGGGACCGGCUGCGCAUCAACCGCUUCGCCUGGCCCAAGAUCCUCAAGAUUUCCUACAAGAGAAGCAACUUCUACAUCAAGAUCCGCCCAGGGGAGUACGAACAGUUUGAGAGCACCAUUGGCUUCAAGCUGCCCAACCACCGCUCAGCCAAGAGGCUCUGGAAGGUCUGCAUAGAGCAUCACACCUUCUUCAGGCUGGUGUCCCCAGAGCCACCCCCCAAGGGUUUCCUGGUGAUGGGCUCCAAGUUUCGGUACAGCGGGCGCACGCAGGCGCAGACGCGCCAGGCCAGCGCCCUCAUCGACCGCCCCGCGCCCUUCUUCGAGCGCUCCUCCAGCAAACGCUACACCAUGUCCCGCAGCCUGGACGGAGAGUUCUCGCGCCCAGCCUCUGUCAGUGAGAACCACGACGCCGGGCCUGAGGGGGAGAAGCAGGAUGAGGACGGUGAGUUUGGCAGCAGGAGACGCUCUGAGACGGAGGAUGAGGAGGUGACCACCCCGACGAAGAUCAAGGAGCUGAAGCCGGAGCACGAAACAACCCCCAGGCACAAGCAGGAGUUUUUAGACAAGCCAGAGGACGUUUUGCUGAAGCACCAGGCCAGCAUCAAUGAGCUGAAGCGGACCCUGAAGGAGCCCAACAGCAAACUGGUUCACAGGGACCGGGACAGGAGGCUGCCUUCCUCACCAGCCUCUUCCUCACCCAAGCACGAGGAUGAAACACCAAAGGGAACCCCUGAAAAGGCCACUGAGAGAGCAGGGGCAAGGGAGGGCCCCGAGGAGAGGGUGAAACCGCCCCGGCACAGGGCCCCCGAGAGCGACACCGGCGACGAGGAGCCCGACCAGGAGAAGGACUCGGUGUUCCUGAAGGACAACCACCUGGCCAUCGAGCGCAAGUGCUCCAGCAUCACCGUCAGCUCAACCUCCAGCCUGGAGGCGGAGGUGGACUUCACCGUCAUCGGGGACUUCCACGGCACAGCCUUUGAGGACAUCUCCCGCAGCCUGCCCGAGCUGGACAAGGACAAGAGCGAAACAGAAGAUGAAGGCCUGGUUUCCUUCCAGCACACUGACAAAGUAGUUCCCGGACUGGAAGAGGAUGUCAAAGGCAGGGAUAAGGUCUCCCAGCCCAGCCCAGAUGUCUCCCAGCCAGAGCCCUCAGCCCCAAAGGCAGACGCUGUGACUGUGAAGAAGCCCGAAGCAGAAGGCUCCACUCCCCAUCGGGUCAGCACCACAGACACGGCCCAGGUGGACGGAGGCACCCCGGGCAGCAGGGACACCACCACCACCACCACUGCCCAGGCUGGCACCACAGAGACAGCGCUGGUGACCUCAGAUCACGGCACCAAGGCUGGCAAAGGGGCCACUCCCACCGCAGACCUUCGCUCCCUGUCACCGAUCUCGGGCGGCUCCGCUGGCAAGGAGGUGCUCACCAGCAUAUUCAGUGCCACUGCAGAAACACUCUCCACCUCCACCACCACCCACGUCACCAAGACUGUGAAGGGAGGGUUCUCCGAGACCCGGAUAGAGAAGCGCAUCAUCAUCACGGGAGAUGAAGAUGUGGACCAGGACCAGGCACUGGCUUUAGCAAUCAAAGAGGCAAAACUCCAGCACCCUGACAUGCUGGUAACCAAAGCUGUGGUGUACAGAGAAACAGAGCCCUCUCCAGAGGAAAGGGACAAGAAACCUCAGGAAUCUUGACCAACAUGUUCCUGGAAGCCAACAUCUGUAUUCCAACCUGGAGAACAGGGGAGAAGGAGCCUUCAUGCUGGAUUUAUCAGCAAGACAUAGACAUCCUGGCUGCAAUGUUCAUGGCAAGAGACAAAAAUUUUUAAAAAAGGAAUAGCAAAUAUAUUAUAUAUAUAUAUACAUACAUACAUAUAUAUAUAUAUAUAUAUAAACAGGAAACAAAAUGCAUCCUUGCACUGCUGCUAUAUGCUGGAAAUGAAUAGUAAACAACACCACCAAUAAACAAAGCCAACCCUCUGCAGAUAAAUUGAAGAAUUUCCUGGAUUGGUGAUCAAAUCAGAUUUAAAAAGUCAUAAUAAUAACAAUAAUCUUGGUAACAAUACAAUAAGCCACCAUCUUGCAUGUUACAUGAAAGGACACACAAUCAUGAGUUCAUUUGUUGCACACUGAAUGGAAAGGAAAACUGCUUUGCAACAAAGCAAGUAAGCAAACUGAAGUAAAAAACCACAAGCAGAAGCAAAACCAUUCCCCACCUCUGGAAAGAAGAGAGAAAAACAUUCAAGUUAUGACCUUAGAGUUAUUUUCCAAUUCACAAGUGUCGUUUCGCCCUUCUCCUCAUUCCAUGCUGAUUUUUUGGGGGUUCUGUUAACUCUUCCCCUUCCCUUCCUUAUCUUCUCUGUGCACUUGUCCAACCUCUUGUUCUCUGAAGGUAUUUAGGAAUGGGUUUCAUUUCAAACAAAGCAAAUGAUAUGUACAUGGUUUCUCAUCUCUAAUGAGCAGCCUGUGGGGUUUCAUAUGGAUGUGCAUUUCAGUUCUGUAUAUUAUUCUAUAUAACAGAGGGGGAGGGAGGGAACAAUGCUGAAAUAAUUCAACAGUGCUGGUACAGACAAUGCCAACAUUUUUAAAGGUUAACUCUUGGAUUGACUGUGGUUGGUGUACUUGGAGACUCUUAGAUCACCUGUGGGACUCUGAGUCCUGCAGGAAGGAAUGGGAAAGGUUUUGGCUGCUGCUGGCUGAGGGGGAAGGGGAGAGGGACAGGGACAGGAGUGUCCUGCUGGUGAUGUGCAGUGUGUGGUGGUGAGGUUUGGAGGGGCAGCAUCACCUGGAGGGGCAGGGAAGGCUCCAGCUCCAAGAGCCGUAGGCAGGAGGGGCUCCCAGCCCCAGAGCCACGGGGUCAGCUGGGAGCGAGGUGGGAGCCACAGGGCUCGGGGCUCCCCUUCAGGAGCCCUGCCCCUGGGUGGGGUGGGUUUGCUUUGUUUCUGGAUCCCAAUAAUGGAGGUACUUGAGUUUUGUAGUAGGGUCAAAGGCAGAGGGGCUGUUUGUGCCCUGCCUACACUGCCAGGGGUGUGAUGGCAAAGGGCUGGGGACAGCGCUGGCAGGGCCGUGGCAGUGCUCCCCUGUCUGCCAUGGGAUGGGCAGUGCAGGGAGUGUGCUGUGCCCAUCCCUGCAGUGUCCCCAGCGUCCCAGGCUGGAUGGGAGAGCCCAGGAGGUGUCAGUGGAGCUGCUCCCAGCUCAGCCUUCAGCCGAGGCUCCUCCAGGGCUGCCUUUGGAAGGGGAUCGUGGGCCGAGCCCAGGGCCCCGAACACUGUGAACCAGGCAGUUCAGGUAGGCUCCCAACCAAAACCAGAAAGGAAAGGAAAGAAAUGGGUUUCCUUCUUGGAAUUGUCUCUAGCUCCUGCAGAAACAGAAGGGCCCAUGAUUCUGCACCAUUUUGCCUUUAGUCUCCCACCCCUGACACAAGCUGUGCCCAGGACUGGGUGUGCUCUGCCAGGCCCUGCCAGGCCCCACAGGAUGCCCGAGCAGGAGCUCCUGAGCCAUGAGGAUGCCGUGGGCAGCCCCUGCUCCCACCUGCACUGCCCAGCAGGGAGCUGCUCCCUGGCAGCUGCUCCCCAGUGAGGCUGUUCUCUGGCAGAGAGGCCUGGAAGGCAAGAGCACAGGGGCUGCCGCCAGUGCCAGUGCCCAUGCCCAGGUGCCAGCCAUGCACCUCCAGAGAGCACAGCCCCAGCCUCACAGCACUUAGGGCAGCUGCAAAGAGGCUCCUUUUGUCUCGUUUGUUUUCCCAAUGCACCCAAGCUGGCCGUGCCCAGCAGAGGCACUGCCAGGGGUGGUGGAGGGUGUUCACCAUGGCACAGUUCAGGGUUGGAGCCCACCUGGCUGAGGCAGCUCCACAGCCCACCCGAGGCUGCUGUGAGCCUGCAGAGAUGCUUUCAGCGUGGUGCCCAGCCUGGAAAGCGAAGGCUGACCUGGGAUUGAGCAGCUUUACAGAGUGAGGCUCCCUGUGCUUGGGCUGCCGUGAGUUCUGUUUGCAGUGAGCAGCCCCUGGCUCCCGCAGCGUGUUCAUGGGUGGCACUGUCAAAACCUUUUUUUUUCUUAAAAAAAAAAAACAAAAAAAGGAAAGAAAAAAAGCUCACUGCUUGUUUUCUUGGCAAGGUGUGGCUUACUGCUGCUCAGCCCCAGCCUGCCCAUCACCACACUGUUUCGGAUAGCUGGCCACUGCUUGUUUUCUUCCAGGGGCCUUUUCUGUGGAAAGGGGUGGGAGACAUGAGUGCCUGUUUUUACCCAAUCCCACAAAUUCAUUCUGAACCUGGCCUGCGAUUGCAUGAGUAAUAAUAACAGUAACAAUAAUAAUAAUAAUAAUAUUUAUUUUUAUUUGAGAAGCACCUUACCAACCAACUGCAACGCUCUGUUGUUCCUUCACUAACUCUCCUUUUCUCUUCCCUUGUUCUCCCUCUCCCCCUUUGGUCAUACUCCUUUUCAGUGCUCGGUGGUGUAUGCGUGUGUGCUCACUGUUCUUGUAUUCAAUAAAAGUGAAAUAAAUGUGUUUGAUGCUAAAUCA